AUGGCAAAAAGCAAGACUACUUCAACAAAAUCAAAGCCAAAAGAACAAGUUGAUAGGAUCAACAAUCUACCUGAUGAUGUCAUUUGCCAUAUCCUUUCAUUUCUCAAAAUGAGAAAGGCUAUUACUACUAGUAUUUUGUCCACCAGGUGGAGAUUAAUUUGGACAUUUGUCCCUACUCUUGAUUUUGAGGACAAUUGGUCAUGCUUCUUCAAUAUAUCCUUUACUUUUGUUCUUGAAAGCAUAUUGGCUCAACAUGAUGAACCCAUGAUGAGACUUUUGUCUGGGUGUCCCAUUCUUGAAGAACUUUAUUAUGAGGAAGUGAAGUCUAAUAAUUCAACCUCCUUUAAAAUUUAUGUGCCAUCAUUGAAAAAGUUACAUGUUAAGUCUCAUGAUAAAAGAGUUCAGAUAGUUACACCUUCUCUUGAGUACCUUCAAGUGCAAGAAACUAAACUUUGCGGCUCUUUGGUUGACAACUUGCCUAACCUACAACAAGCACAUGUUGACAUAUAUUUUGAUGGGCAUGAAAAAGAAUGUGCCCAAGUUUUUGAAUG